GCCGCCCGAGACAGGGCGAGGGGGGGUUGCGGUGGAAGAAGCGGCGCCGAAGUUUGCCUGGGACUCGCCGGCCGCCCUCCGGGCUCCCGCGGCCGAGGUUUAUUUUCUUGAAAAAGCUCCAGGCUGCGGCUUGGAAGAUCCAACCGCCAAAAUUGAGCCGAGCGGCUGGAGCGGCAGCGAGAGCCCUGCCGAGAACCUGGAGAGGAUGAGCGACUCGGCGGACAAGCCCAUCGACAACGACGCCGAGGGCGUGUGGAGCCCCGACAUCGAGCAGAGCUUCCAGGAGGCGCUCGCCAUCUACCCGCCGUGUGGGAGGAGGAAGAUCAUCCUCUCGGACGAAGGCAAGAUGUACGGUAGGAAUGAAUUGAUAGCCAGAUACAUCAAGCUCAGGACAGGGAAGACGAGGACCAGGAAGCAGGUGUCUAGUCAUAUACAGGUCUUAGCAAGAAAGAAAGUUCGAGAAAUUCAAGCCGCCAUUAAGGUGUCUAGUCACAUUCAGGUUCUUGCCCGAAGGAAAUCUCGUGAUUUUCAUUCCAAGCUAAAGGAUCAGACGGCCAAGGACAAGGCCCUGCAGCACAUGGCAGCCAUGUCAUCGGCCCAGAUCGUCUCAGCCACUGCCAUCCACAGCAAGCUGGGGCUCCCCGGGAUCCCACGCCCCGCCUUCCCAGGCGCGCCGGGGUUCUGGCCUGGAAUGUUACAAACGGGACAGCCAGGAUCCUCUCAAGACGUCAAGCCAUUUGUGCAACAGGCCUACCCCAUCCAGCCAGCAGUCACAGCCCCCAUUCCAGGAUUUGAGCCUGCGUCAGCCCCAGCUCCUUCCGUCCCUGCCUGGCAGGGCCGUUCCAUUGGCACAACCAAGCUUCGCCUGGUGGAGUUUUCAGCUUUCCUCGAACAGCAGCGAGACCCGGACUCGUACAACAAACACCUCUUCGUGCACAUUGGGCAUGCCAACCAUUCUUACAGUGACCCAUUGCUUGAAUCCGUGGACAUUCGUCAAAUUUAUGACAAAUUUCCUGAAAAGAAAGGUGGCUUAAAGGAGCUGUUUGGAAAGGGCCCUCAAAAUGCCUUCUUCCUCGUAAAAUUCUGGGCCGACUUAAACUGCAGUAUCCAAGAUGACGCCGGGGCCUUUUACGGUGUGACCAGUCAGUACGAGAGCUCUGAAAAUAUGACAGUCACCUGCUCCACCAAAGUGUGCUCCUUCGGGAAGCAAGUAGUAGAAAAAGUAGAGACGGAGUAUGCACGGUUUGAGAAUGGCCGGUUUGUAUACCGAAUAAAUCGCUCGCCUAUGUGUGAAUAUAUGAUCAACUUCAUCCACAAGCUCAAACACUUACCAGAGAAAUAUAUGAUGAACAGUGUUUUGGAAAACUUCACAAUUUUAUUGGUGGUCACGAACAGGGACACACAGGAAACGCUGCUCUGCAUGGCCUGCGUGUUUGAAGUCUCGAACAGUGAACACGGAGCACAGCACCACAUUUACAGGCUUGUAAAGGACUGAACCUGGUUAUUUAUAGAGAGAUACCUGUAUAUACACACACUCUCCAUUACUGAACGACUGACUGUAAACCUCACCACACAAGGUGGUGCCCCGGCCCCAAGGUCACACCUUGACUUUUCUAAAGCCUGUUUGAGUGAAGUCUUCUUUUCCCCCCCAUGUGUUCAUACCAUCAUUGUAGCUGUGAAGUUCUGGUACAGUUGUAAAAAGAGAAAUGGAGUCGUUUCUAUGUCGUCUUCAGAUCUGCAGCCCAUGAUCCCUCGGGGAAGGUGAAUCAACAGCCUUAUGCCUCUCUGCGCAGACCUGUUCCUCAUUGUGGUAGACUAUGCUGAGACGGGAUUGGCACGAGACAUUGACUGCCUUUAUACAAGUAUAUUUAGUUCUCUUUUUUUCCAACGUAAAAUUCUUCUUUUAAGGUAAAGUUAAUCUUUAACUAUAAAUGUAAAUUAGUAUGCGAAACUAAGAAUCUCUAGACUUAUCUUUGUAACUAAUUAGGGUGGAAGUUAUGAGAGAAUGUAAUUCACUAAAUUAUUUUUUAAAUGAAACCUUGCUUUCCUUUUGAAACCAAAUGUUAAACUAUAGCCUUAAGAAAUACUUGGUAGAAAUAUCUUAAUGAGGCAAAUUUGUGCUUUUUCCCUCAAGGUUAAAAACUAAUCUCUUAAUCCAUUAAACUCUUGAAACAGGUAUUACGAAAGAAAAAAAUAUCACCCCUUAUCCUUAACAUAUAUAGUAUAUUUAAAAAAAUGUAAAAUUGUAUUGUACUAAUGUGAGGGUUGAUUAUUUAAUGAAAAAGAAAAGAUGGCUCUUUUUGCAAUAAGUAGAUAAAUACUGAAAAAAAAUCUAAGGUUACAAUGUUUAUAGUCUUGUGUGCAGUUAUAUUUUAUAUGGACAACCAAAUUUUUUAUGAAGACAAGUAAAUGUUUGAACCACUGAAAUUUUAAUAGCUAAAUUUUACAAUUGGCGCAAACACUGCACUGUGAGCUGCAAAGUACAGAGAGCCCUGUGGCCAGGAGGACAUGCCGUCAGCUGACCAAGCAAAAGGCUCAUCAGAUUUCAGCACCUCUGCUCCCCAGAAUGUCACAAGUGUCCCCACCAGCCCGCAGAUAGACUAUUCCUGGUGACCCCCAACAUGUGUAGGAACCUGCCAUGACUAUAGCUAUUUGUGCAUGCGUGCGUGCGUGCGUGUGUGUGUGUGUGUGUGUGUGUGUGUGUGUGUGUAUUACAGUAUGUCUGUACACACACCCACGUGGGUAUGAGGCUGUCAUGAACAUCUGUUGACUGUCAGCUUGCUAGGGACUCUGUGUGUGUGUGUGUGUGUGUGUGUGUGUGUGUGUGU